AUGCCAUGGCUUAACGACCGCACUCUAUCUAGUCAGGUUAUCGGCUCUGAUUACGCAGUGUUUCGUUGUGAUCGAAGUCCACUCAACAGCAAAAAGUCGACCGGAGGCGGUAUGUUACUUGCCGUUAAAUCUAAACUCCCCGCCAUGCUUAUUGAAGACGAUUCUUGGGUUAAUCUGGAAAUUCUUUGGACCCGCAUCGAUCUUGGAGAUCGGAAACUUUAUGUUUGCGUAGUGUACGUGCCUCCUGAUCGUUCCAGUGACCUGGUUGUAGCCGAUUCUUUUUCACGUUGCCUCUUCAAAGUCAGUUCCAUUUGCUGUCCUGAAGAUGACAUCCUCGUCAUCGGCGACUUCAACAUGCCUGGCUUGAAAUGGUGCUCUUCACAAGGCGGCUUUCUGUUUCCAGAUCCUGCGCGUUCUUCUUUCACGGCGCCCUGCAGUGUCUACUUAGAUGCCUUAAGCACAGCGACUCUACGUCAGAUAAAUAACAUUGAAAACGAGAACGGCAGGAUGCUUGACCUCUGCUUUGUUAACGAAGGGUUCAGGACUCCGACGAUCAAUUUAGCUCCCGCUCCACUCGUCAAAGCUGUCCUACAUCAUCCAGCUCUGGUGGUCUCACUCGGUGCCGCUAGGUCAUAUUCUCCCAUUGAGAAAACGUCUUACUAUAAAGAUUUCAAGAAUAUGGAUUUCGAAGCUAUAUCGCGGGUUCUGGAAUCCAUUGAAUGGGAAGUCGAGCUCGAUCUUUCUGAUCCCAACGCAGCUGCAGAGACAUUUACGAAUAUCCUUAGUUACACCAUCGAUCGCCAUGUGCCGAAACGUAGCGUAGGUGCUAAUCUACGGACUCCGUGGGUCACUAAAGAACUGCGGCAACUCAAGACAGCUAAAAAACGUGCUCUUCGUAACUAUAACAAGCACAAGUCGCUCUACGCUCAGAACGAAUACCGCAAACUGAACUCGGCAUAUAAAAAGACCAGUAAGCGCUGCUACCAAAAUUAUCUUAAUCGGCUACAGCGAAACUUCAAGCCCAGUCCGAAAAAAUUUUGGAAGCACGUAAAAAAUCAGCGGAAAGAAAUAGGGCUCCCGUCCCACAUGUUUCUGGACAACAACACAGCUGAUUCCGACCCCGAAAUUUGUGACCUCUUCGCCGGGAAAUUCUCAAGCGUCUUUACAACUGAGGGCAUCUCUUCAGAGCAACUAACCAGGGCUGUCCGGAAUAUUUUACCUCUAGGUUCAUCUUUGAAUGGAUUCCUUAUUGAAGAUGCAGCCAUCUUGAAAGCGACAGCAAAUGAAAAGUGUAUAAGAUUGAGAUGCCGUCCAGGAAGGAAGCCCCGGGUCCUUUUGCCAAGAGGGAUAAUCCAACCACCACCACCACAACCAAGAGGAAGGAAGUGCCGGGACGAAGCAGCGGUUCGAAAAUCGACAGCUUUGAAGACGGCGGCCGCCCGCAAGCUGGUCGAGGUUUCGCUAUUUGGAGACGAUUUCGAUGCAGAGGAUUACGACUAUGGCAAAGCCGGUUAUAAGCCUAGCUCCCUGAAACGAAAACGUUCGGCGAACGAUGGAAAGAUUUCCAAAAAGCUUAUUUUGGAGAAAUUGACUACCGUUCAAAAUGAACUGCCAAAACUUCAGCCCGAAAAAGAUGUAGUAUUGAGCCGACAGUCGAAUAAUAUUUCGGUUAACAACCUAAAUAUUCCGUAA